AUAUAAAUAUAUAAUAAACUUUAUAUUUGGGUGGGUGGUAGUUAGGCUAUGAUCAAUUGUUUUUGCUUCUUAAAAAAUGGCGUCAGUCACCAGUGCCUGGGUCAUCCACCACCCCCACCUCAAAAUUCGUGAAUUCAAGAAACCAUUUUCUAUCUCCUCUUGGUCCCACAUUAAUUCUCAUGCAUCAUCUUCUUCAACAAAACUCUUCCCUAAACUGCAAUUCAGUGGAAGAAGAAGAAAUUUUAUCAUGGAAAAUCCUUCAAUUUACAGUCUUGAAACUUCAUUAUUACUCAAUAAGGUAAAUUCCCAGAAGAAAGAGGAUUACCCUGUUGAGCAUGAUGUUGUUGAACCAGAAGUCUUUGCAUGGUCCUCUGUAAUUUUACCGUUUCUAUUCCCUGCACUAGGUGGUUUACUAUUCGGGUAUGAUAUUGGUGCUACUUCUGGUGCUACAAUAUCACUACAGUCUCCUGAGCUUAGUGGUACAGCAUGGUUCAAUCUUUCAGCAGUUCAACAGGGUUUGGUGGUGAGUGGUUCACUGUAUGGAGCUCUUUUUGGUUCUAUUAUCGUCUAUCCAAUAGCUGAUUUCCUUGGAAGGAAGCGAGAACUUCUCAUCGCUGCAACUCUCUAUGCUAUUGGUGGCCUUACCACCGCAUUUGCUCCUAGUCUUAAUACUCUUUUGAUUGGGAGGCUUCUUUAUGGCCUUGGCAUUGGUUGGGCUAUGCAUGGGGCCCCUCUAUACAUUGCAGAAACUUGUCCUUCUCAGAUUCGAGGAACCUUGAUUUCAUUGAAAGAGCUUUUCAUAGUUCUCGGCAUUUUGUUGGGUUACUUUGUUGGUAACUUUAAUAUUGAUGUGGUUGGAGGCUGGCGUUACAUGUUUGGAUUGAGUCUUCCGGUUGCUGCAGUUAUGGGUCUUGGGAUGUUAAGUCUGCCUCCUUCACCUCGCUGGUUGCUUCUUAGGGGUGUUAAAGGUCAAGGAUCUUUGCAGGAGUACAAGGAGCGGGCUAUUACUGCUCUGAGCAAACUACGAGGCAGAUCCGCAGGGGAUAAAGUGUCUGAAAAGAAAAUUGAAGAUAUGCUAGUUUCAAUGAAGUCUUCUUACCAAGAUCAGGAAGAGGGAAGCUUUUUAGAGGUGUUUCAAGGGCCUAAUCUGAAAGCUUUCAUCAUUGGUGGAGGUCUCGUACUUUUUCAGCAGAUAACCGGGCAGCCUAGUGUUUUGUAUUAUGCUGGUCAAAUCCUACAGAGUGCUGGGUUUUCUGUUGCAUCCGAUGCCACUCGAGUUUCAGUGUUGAUUGGCCUAUUCAAGUUUGUUAUGACUGGAGUAGCUGUUCUUAAGGUUGAUGAUCUUGGAAGGAAACCCUUGCUCAUAGGAGGUGUUAGUGGGAUUGCUGUGUCCUUGUUCCUCCUUGCUGCAUAUUACAAGUUUCUUGGAGGCCUCCCUUUUGUCGCUGUAGCUGCUUUGCUGCUAUAUGUCGGUAGUUAUCAAAUAUCAUUUGGUCCAAUCAGUUGGCUAAUGGUGUCAGAGAUAUUCCCUGUUCGCACAAGAGGACGAGGAAUCAGUCUUGCUGUUUUAACAAACUUUGGUUCAAAUGCUCUUGUGACCUUUGCCUUUUCACCUUUGAAGGAGUUGCUUGGAGCUGAUAACCUAUUCCUCUUAUUUGGAGCUAUUGCUUUGCUGUCUCUUGUAUUUAUAUUGACGUUAGUUCCGGAGACCAAGGGCUUAAGUCUGGAAGAAAUCGAGGCAAAAUUAUCAGAAUGAGAUUUGGCUCGGAUGCUACAUGAUAAGAAAAUAUUUAUUCCUUCCAUGUUAAUUGUAAAUGCAAAUUCAUAUAUCUCAUGUACUAUUAAUAAAUAAGCUUUGUAAAACAAUUUCUUUUUUUACUAGUCAUUUUGUGGCAGUACAAGAAGAUGGGAGCACAAUUUUUCUUUCUUUAUUUUGCACACUGGGAGAGGGCUUCUUAUUUCGGAAAGCUGAUCAACUGAAGUCAGUUUAUAGUUUUGCAA